GAGAAGCCCUGCUGCUGAGCACAUCUGUUUUGGGAUGGGAGGUGAGGUUGCCUGUCAGAAGGACACCCAGGCAACUUUGGGAAGAGCAGCAAUGAAGGUGGCAUUCCUUGUCUGGACAGUGGGACCGUGAAUGUGUGCGCAGGGAGCGAGUGCAUAGUGAAACCCCUGCUGCCACGUGUUCAUGCUUACAACCCCUGCAUUUGCUCAUCAGUAGAGUGCUUGCAUUUUAGUUUUUGUGUGGACACACCUGGAGUGCGAGACCAGAACUGCAGCAUUAGCUAGAAGCCUUUAAAGUCAUAUAUUCAGUGGGUGUCCUUCAGACAGUAUUCUGCAGCCGCUUGAUGGCUUGGACUAUUUGGUUUUAUCCUUCAUUAAUUUCUUUUUUCUUUCCUUUCUUCCUCCUGCGCGUUUUUCCCUCAAUUCCACAAUGUAAUCUCCAAAUGAACCCCCAAACAAACGCAACUGUCACUGCCCACGCGAACACGUGGGGCCGUAGCCGCCCCUUGCCAGCGGGUGCGAUGCAGGCUCCCGUCGCCUCCGUCUAUAACCCUCUGCAGGCACAGAGCUCCAGGUCACCACAGCGGAGGCACAGCACCUCCUCCGUCCCCAGCCAGGUCCGAGUGGGGCCUGAGCAGCUGAAGCACGCGGCCCAGGUCUGUCCCAACAGCCCCGUGGAAGUGGAGGUGCCAGGACUCAAAGUGCUGCACGUGCAGUUCAAUUCUCCCCUGCAGCUCUAUUCGCAGAGCAACAUCAUGGACACUCUACAGGGGCAAAUCUCUUCUGUUAGCCCUGAUUUCCCCAGUUUAGAUCAGCAUAAUCAGCCCCCAGGCAGCAGUGCCAUAGGCAGAGAAUCUGAGGUUUACAAGAUGCUUCAGGAGAAUCAAGAGUCAAAUGAGCCACCCAGACAGUCUGCUUCAUUCCUUGUGUUGCAAGAGAUCUUGGAGUCAGAAGAGAAAGGAGACCCUAUCAAACCAUCUGGAUUCAGGAGUGUCAAAGCCCCCACCACAAAGGUGGCCUCAUCGAUUGGGAAUGCCCAGAAGCUGCCCAUGUGUGAGAAGUGUGGAUCUGGCAUUGUAGGGAUGUUUGUGAAGAUCCGGGACAAGCAGCGUCACCCCGAGUGCUACGUGUGCAGUGACUGUGGCACCAAUCUCAAGCAGAAAGGACACUUCUUCGUGGAAGACCAAAUCUACUGUGAGAAGCACGCGCGGGAGCGGGUGAUUCCCCCAGAGGGCUACGAGGUGGUCACUGUCUUCCCAAAGUAAACCGUGCUGCUCACAAAGCCAGUGUGGAUGGUUUAUCCUCUGCUGCUUUUCCUUGGAAAGCAUUAUCCCUGCCCCCUGCAGAAUCUUGUUUGCAAUAAGGGAUGCUCGGCAUGGCUUUGGAUUUCCUUGUCAUUAUUAAUCCUCCAUCUGUUCACAAGAUGUCACUAAUUGUCCAACAUUUUUUCAUCCCCUCUUUCACUGUUUGUUUUUUUUUUUUAAUACACAGAUUUUUUUUUCCCCUCUCUCCUCUAUGCUGUCAAUCACACAGGAAAAUCAGAAGCCAAAGUCAGAUUACAACUCUUCUGUGUCCCCGUUUUUUGCCUUCUGUUUGCCUUCAAUAAACGGGGUGAAUCCACAAAA